CGUGUAAGUGUGGGCCCCUGAAUACUGGGAUUUCACUCUCUCAAGCUCUCAUCGUUUAGAAAAUCAACGAAUUUACUGUAAAAACGUCUCUCACGAAUUUUUGGUUCGAGAAGAAAAGAAGCAAACCCCAUAAUCUUCUCAAGGAAUUUUGAUUUCUAGGGUUUGAAAUUGAUUGUAUCAUGCCCUUGUAGGGGAUACAAUAGAAUGGACAUAGAACAAUGGAACCAAGUAGUACGAGAAUGGAUAGAUAAAACAGCACAACAACUACGCCAGUUACCUAUUGAACAGAUUUAUGUUGCUGUUGGUGUUUUGGUACUUACAUUUGUGUUUUUCUUGUUAAUUGGCUUAUUUAAGCGAUCCAAAUCUGAUACAAUUGUUCUUGCUGGGUUAAGUGGGAGUGGGAAAACUGUUCUCUUUUAUCAGCUUCGGGAUGGCUCAGCACAUCAGGGUACUGUUACAUCUAUGGAUCCAAAUGAAGGAAAUUUUGUGCUUCACUCUGAGUCCUCUAAGAAAGGCAAUAUAAAGCCUGUCCGCGUAGUUGAUGUUCCUGGACACUCUCGACUUCGACCAAAGCUUGACGAAUAUUUGCCUCAAGCAGCUGGUCUUAUCUUUGUCGUCGAUGCUCUGGACUUUUUGCCAAACUGCCGUGCAGCUGCUGAGUACCUGUAUGAAAUAUUGACCAAGGCAACUGUUGUGAAGAAGAAAGUCCCAGUGAUUAUAGUGUGCAACAAGACUGACAAAGUGACUGCCCACACCAAGGAGUUCAUCAGGAAGCAACUGGAGAAGGAAAUAGACAAGUUGCGAGCAUCUAGGACUGCCAUAUCUGCUGCUGAUAUGUCUACUGAGUAUGCACUUGGUGUGGCUGGAGAGACUUUCACAUUUUCUCAGUGUCACAACAAGGUGAAUGUUGGAGAGUCAUCUGGUAUCACAGGGGACAUAUCACAGGUUGAACAAUUUAUAAGGGAACAUGUACGGCCCUAAGUGUUACUCAAAUUGAUCAUUAACUUGUUUUGAAACUUCUGCAUCUCUUUUCUCGUGACACCAAUUUGUAACAAACCAGCGCUCAGGUGUUGCAUGUUUGUCUUAGUUUGAUGUUAGUGCUUUCUCUUAUGGAGCUUAAAUACUGUGUAAGAAAACGUAGCUCAAUCAAUAGAUUUACUUAAAUUGGAUCAUCUCACCUUCGUGAUGGUUAUUAACAAAGUUCCAUAUCUGAUAGUUUGUUUUUGAAUGACA